AUGGCCGACGCUCAACCCUCUCCCUCACUUCAACCUUCAAAUGGGUCACAAGAGCAACCUGCUCCAACAACGUCAACCGCCCCAGAGACAGCUGAGUCAACGAUUAAACCUGAUCCAGACCUUGAUGCGUCUAUCGAGCAGGACAUCGAUAUGAACGCAGAUCAGAACGCCAACGGUGCUAACGACGAUGAGAAUGAACCCACUCUAGAGGAACUAGCCUCCGCGCCGCAACCGACCAAGAAAGAGACUAGCUUGCGCGAGUUCCUAGGAAAGAUGGACGAGUAUGCUCCUAUUAUCCCAGAUGCUGUUACCGCUCACUACCUCACCUUGGCCGGCCUUCCACCCCCCGGUACCGGUCCUAACCAAACACCUCCUCAUCUCGCCCGUCUCCUCGCUCUAGCUACACAAAAGUUCGUCUCAGAUAUAGCUGCAGACUCGUAUCAGUUCGCUCGAAUCCGCGCUUCCAACAGCUCAUCCGCAAAUAACCCGAUGGGCAGCUUGAACGCUGCAUCAGGCCUCGGCGCCCCUGCCGGCAUGGGCGCUGUUCCCGGCGGAGCAGCAGGUGGAGAUAAUAAGGGUGGUAAGGGAAAUACACAUCUCGGUAUACAAAGGCCUGGUUAUGGCGGUGGUGGUUCCGGCGGCUCUGGACAGGGCCGAACAGUUUUGACCAUGGAAGAUCUGGGAAUGGCCGUCUCGGAAUACGGAGUUACUGUCAAGCGCGGUGAAUUCUACCGCUAA